AUGGAUGAAUUAGGUCUAGCAAAUAACGAAUUAGUGGACAAGAUCCAAAAGAUGGAAGCAAGCAACAGGCAAUUCCAGGAGAAGUUAGCGGACCUGGAAGAUCGCUCCCGCCACAAUAAUAUACGCAUGCGAGGAGUCCUUGAGACGGUGCUAAGCAACGCUAUCCCACAAUACUUAACAGAAGUGUUCAAGGCAAUACUGCCCUCUGCUGAUGCAACAGACCAGCUCAUGGAUAGAGAACACAUGGUGCCAAAACCCAGGAACCUGGCGCAAGAUGUCCCAAGGGACAUAGUCACAUGCUUACACUACUAUCAUGUAAGAGAAGCGAUCCUGAUGGCUCAACAAAAGGCAAUCUCAGUGCCAGAAAUAUAA